CAAGCCUCCGCUGUCCUCGCCGUUCGACUGUGCCUUUCCCACUCCCUCGCCCUGCCGACGCGUGUGGAAAUCACGGCUCAGAAGCCUUCGAGUUGGGCGUCUGGGAGGACAGGGAUCUGUUGGUCCGCCCGGUCGCCACUUCUGCAAUAUUGAUGCGGAAACAUCCUAAGCAGAAAUGCAACUAAAUAACCAGAUUCUCAAAAGUUUCCAACAGUGUUAUUUGAGAAUUCGGGUAAGCUGAUUAGUGAAAUUAUAACUAUAAUACCAUAAGACUUUUUAUCGGUCUUUCUUCCAUGGCGGAACAUGAAAGUACACCAUGAAAAAUAUGAUUCCGCGACAAUGCACGAACUGAACGAGAAACAAGUAUUGCAUAACCUUACUCAUAAAUCCGUGAUGUCUAUAAUGAAAUGUUGAGUGCGCUGAUAUGUGCGGCAAUUCAUAAAUCGACUUUCGGUCCUUAGAUACCUGUUGAACCCUAAAAUAAAAAAGAAGUGAACUAAGGACAAACAUCGUAGUCUACAAGGGUAUUUACAAAAAGCCCUCUUAAAUCACUAACACAGCGCGUACAAGUUCAAGAAAUGCUUUGUUGUUCUUGAUACAUCCCCGCUACGAAGAGGAAAUAGUGCUAGCUGAAGAAACAGCAAUCGAUACGUGUUGGACUAGUUUUUGUGAACUGCUAGCUGGCUUGGCGUGUCAACGCGCGUGAAAAGGUUCUAGGCAGGCGACUCAAAAGAGAAAGUAAGAAAGAAAAAUAUAAGAGAAUACAUAUAUGAUUAUAAUCAAAUGAUGUAAAUAAAGAAAUAAUAAUACGAGUGAAUAAGAAAAAAAAGUGAAGAGACUGAUUAUUCCCAAAGGAACAUUGAUAACAAGAAAUUCGCUUUAUCUUCCAGGGCAUUGAAAGAAAAUAAUUUAUUUGCAAAUCUUUUAUUAAUAUACUUUUUUUUUUUUUUGUUUUUUGUCUACUUAGCUGUGAGGACGACAUAAUAUUCAGGAUGAAUUCAUUUCCUUGUAACUUUACACUAGGAUGUUUGCUCACACGAGCGAUUACCAGCACGAUUACCGGAAUCUUUGUUUGCGUUUAGUAUUUAAUUCGUAAAGAAAAGAAAAUACUACAUUUUGACUUGUUUUUUGUUGAUUCUGAAGACAAAUGCUGAUAAAUACUUUCUGCACUAGUAUUUGGGGAAAUAAAUCAUGCUUGGUUAGAAGGAGCCACUCAGAAAGGGUAAACGAUAAUAAAAAAGGAAAGACAAAACAAAAUACGUGCUAAUCUAAAGGACACUCCCACAAACUCUCCUCAGCCGCCCAACAGUAAUGGCCACACAAAAUCCGUAAUUCAGAAGAGUAAAAAAGAGAAGUAAAACCCACAGAAGGGAGAGGGAAAACACGGCCCGACUUUAAACCCAGGCGUCGCUAGCGAGCGGCCGUCAUCGUCGACGUCGCUCACAGGAGUCCACGGCAGGGACCUCGCCCCCAUCAGCGACGACAGCCCCCCACGACAAGGUCCCCAACCCCUGCCUCUCGUAUCCCUGCUAGACUACCUCGCCGUCACCUGGGAUAGCCACUUAAGAGCCGGAGCAAUGCGUCGCCCGAUGGUGGAAGUGGCUGUGCUGGGAAUUUCAAUCAUUUCGGGCCUCCUUCCACUCAGCUGUGGAGAGGCCCACGCCGCUCCACCUAGAGGAGCGGAGGGCAUCCUGGAGCGCGUCCCGCCCUCGCGCCCGGCGCCCAUGUGGGACCAACCGCUGCUCAAGCCCUACUUCGACAACAGCACAAAGGACAGCAUCGUGGGCGCCGUCGGCAGGUCGGCCUUCCUGCACUGCAGAGUCAAGCACUUGGGCGACAGAGCGGUCACAUGGAUCAGGAAGAAAGACGUUCACGUACUGACCGUAGGACUCUUUACGUACACGAAGGACGCGCGCUUCACCGCCCUUCACUCCGAGAGCUCUGACGACUGGACUCUGCGCAUCGACUCCGCGCAGAUCUCGGACUCCGGGACCUACGAGUGCCAGGUGUCGACUGAGCCCAAGAUAUCGAGGGCCUUUCGGCUGCAAGUGGUUGAGUCCGAGGCGCACAUCGCAGGGCCUCGCGAGCUCCACAUGGUGUCCGGCAGCAACAUCAACCUGACAUGCUCGGUUACCGGGAGUCCUGAGCCUCCCCAGUACAUCUAUUGGUAUCAGGGUACCAAGCUCAUCAACUACAGUUCCCGCGGCGGCAUCAGCGUGGUGACAGACAAGCACUCGCGCACUUCCAAGCUCGUGGUGACCCGCGCCACGACAGCCGACUCCGGAAACUACACUUGCGCUCCUGCUAACGCCGAGCCGGCCUCCAUUAGCGUGUACAUCAUUAAUGGCGAGUACCCCGAGGCCAUGCAGGGCGGAGAGAGCACCAGCGUCCACUGCCAGUCCUUUGCGUCACUCCUGCUCCUGGGGUACACCGUCCUCAGGCUGCCGGUGCUCAUCGAGAGAUAGUCACUGAGCGAGCGACCACCGGCCUCAUAUGUUUUCGCAAACGCAUGAUCUACCUGCUUUUAUCAUUUACAUAUAUUUUAUAGUCUGUAUAUAGGAGGGGGAGGAGGAGAGAGUUGACGAGGGUCGAUUACCCUUCGGUCUGCCCUCUUCAUGGGAACAUUUGUGGUGAGGCGAAGCAGCGGCAAAGGAAUUGUGAGAGAAAAUGCUGACCUCUCUUGCAGUCGCUCUAUAUAUAAUGAAGUGAGUCCAAGCUGUCGUUUUAAAGGUUUUGCACGGAAUACAUACAUACAUACGUAAAUACAUACAUACAUAUAUAUGUAUGAAUGUAUGCAUUUGUAUGCAUGCAUGCAUACACACACACAU